AUGGUUUGCAAAGAGGACGUGGUAUCAUGGUUUAAAGAAUUGGAAAGCUAUAAACGCAUAGACGCAAUGUGUACAUUACUAAAUAUGUGCUUGCCAUUUGAAUUACGUUUUAUUGGCACGUAUCUUGAAGAGCUCGGUAAGCGGGACUUUCAGGAGUUGCGUGGUGCCGAACUGAGAGCUAAUAAUCCUACAGAUCUCGCUGCUGAUAUUGGAGGAGCAGACACAGACUCCAGGACGCGACGGAAAAUGGCAUUAUAUGUUUCUCUUUUACGGUCGUGUAAUUUCGCUUGUGCUACCACAUUGUACAAUGCUAUGGUCAGUUUAGAACAGAGUGGCUUGCUGAAAGGUCUUUAUGGUGAUCUUUUAGAAGAAAUUCUCCUCUUGUACACUAUGGCCUUACAUCAUCCAGCUUUUACAUUUGAUCAGAAGUCACAUUUUGGUGAGAUACUUGAAAAAUUAAAAAUUGAGGAUCAGCGGUUACAGUAUCAAGAACAACAAGAGCAUAAUAUAAACAUAGCUCCUGUGAGUGGUCAUAUACAGUCAACCAUCACUCCUAAUAUGUCUGUCCCACCACCCAAUUUGUCUAGCUUGGGGCCACCACCUGGUAUCAUGUUUGUAAAGACACCUGGGGUACAGCCUCCAAGUUCAGAUGCAGUUGCAGAGCUCAAUUCGCCUUCAGUACUCAGUGGUGCAGCGAACAUGGUGCCUAUUUUAGGAGAAGUUCCGCAUCCACCUCCAGGUCUCCCUAUUCCACAGUACAAUGUAGGGGACUACAUAGGUCAGCAUACAUGGCCUGCAAAUAUCAUUGUUUCACCACUCAACCAACCAAUAGAGGUAUUGAACUACCAAGCCGGACCAGGGGGUGGAGCUCCAGCGUCCCCACUGGUGUCCUCCCCGGGUGACAGUCGUGCGGCGUCCCCCCGGGCCCGCCGUCGGCUGUCACGUGACCGGUCUCCGCCCCUCGUGCCUCUGCCACCGGACCAGACAUUGCCACAUCUCACAGCCAACUUUGACAACUUAAGUAUUGCCGAGAUUCGGCAUAACAUCGGUGAAGAGCGAUUACGAGAGAUAUCUGCCGUUCACCAUCAGUAUAGAUCGCUGGAAAAGCUGAACGGUGUGAGAAGACGCGCCGCUUACUGUCCUCCGCCGCGAUCCUCCUCAGAUAGCGGGUCCAGUGCAGCCUCCUCACCGCCGAGCACUCCCGCGCCUCAGUUGCGGAGGGCGACCCCCUCCGCGCCCCCCGCACCCACCGCCCCCGCGCCCACAGUGCCCUACAUCCCCUACCCGCGCCCCUACCCCUACCCGACACCGCCUCCCGCCUACCGACCUCCACCACCCCCCUUCGCCAACGGGGAACCCCCUCCCUACCCCACACCAGCCCCCUACGCGGGCUUCGUCCCAGUCCUAUAUGCACCCCCCAAGCUCUCAUGCUGGAACUGCGGGGCCGCGGGACACGCGGGACACGAAUGCAAGGAGCCCAGUAUGGAGGAGAUGACCCGCGCGGGGGGAUACCAACUAGACUUCGGUGGCGCCCCCCCACCGGAAGCGAGCGAUAAA